AUGAAUUUGCAGGGAACAUUCACAAAGGAAGAAAUGGAUAAGCUCACAAAGGCAAUAGAUGAUCAUAUAUCCGAACAUUAUGAUUGCGACAGAAACAAGGCCAUAAGGAAUCUGCUCAGCAAGAAAGGAAAGGGGCCCAGUGCCAUAAUACUGAUUGGUAAGAAAGUUUUACCGGAUAGACACCCAAAGUCUAUUUAUAAUUUCGUGAGACGCCGUUUGAUAAAGUACAACUCCGGAAGAUGGACCGAUGCUGAGGUGCUGCUCUUGCUCAAGACCUAUUUCGACAAUGAACAUGGUGCCAACUCAUGGAAGUACUUGGCAAGAAAGCUGGAUAGAUCCCCGGAGCAGAUUCACGAUAAAUGGCGUGAAGUCCAACCGUUUGUCAAUAACUACAGAUCACUGGUUCUGGAUCCUAACUUGUCGGACGAAGACAAAAUAUCAGGAAUGAAGGAUAUCUCCGGAAUGCUUACGCAGAGUUCCUCGCAUAUUGACAAGAACGUCAUUAAAGACUACAUUGACGAAGAUACUCAACGUGAUUUAUACAACUGCGUGAAGGAAUUGAUGGACAGCGGCGGUGUAAAAUAUAAAACCGUUGAGAACAUACCGUGGAGCAAAAUACAGGAACGGUUCCCAAAAUACUCAACGAGUAAACUCCGAUUGCACUUUAAUCUAACACUGCUGCCAAAAGUAUACAAAACAGUGUAUACGGGUUUUGACCACUCCAUGGUUGCCAGAGUCGCUAUAGGCUGGGUUAAAAAAUUGGUAAAGUCAAAAACCAUACACUCUUUCCGGGAUGUUGAUUUUAAGCAAAAGUUUCCUCAAAUUCCGCCAAUAUAUAUAAUGUACUGUGUAAAGAGAGCCCUCAAUAUGGUCAUUAACAAAUUCAUAAAACGCAAGAAUAAAAGUUUUGAUUAUCCUUUGGAUACUAGUGGCGAUGUAACACAAUCGUCAGAUAUGCUGAAUGGGAGUUCGAUGCUAGAUGGUUUGUAUUCACCCCUAAGGAGAUUUUCUAGCCUUAGUUUGGACAAUCCUGGGGAGGUUGACUUGAAAAAGAUCAUUAAGCUGGGAUACAAGAAAUUAAAAGUGAAAAAGUGGAAGAGCAAAGAUAAAAAGAUCUUAAAAUUGAUCAAGAAGGAUCUAAUGCCAACGUGUAAAUUAUAG